AUGGAGUCAAAUUUCCACUCGACCGUGCUGCAGAGACCGCCCAGCCUGCACGACUACGAGGACCAGCAACGCGACCGCGAGCGGGAAAGAGAGCGGGAUCGCGGCAGCAGUGAGCGGCGGCACCGCGACAUUCUGAAUCCGGUUCAGCUGGGUGAGAGCAGCAACAACAACAACACCAAUCCGCCACCUGCACAAGGCUCGCAUGCACCUGGGCAGCAGCAGCAACCGCCACCGCGACACUCAUUCAGUCUGCGAUCUCCAACCCAGGCCGACUUCCACCAACCGGCGCCGCCUCGCUUCCCCGGUUCCAGCUCUGCCUCUCCCUCGUCAGCGCCCUCCACCAGCGCCGCGGCAAACAACAGCUCCAGCACCAGCACGAAUGGCACCGGCUCGGGCACACGCUCGCUCCUGCACAACCCAUUCCUGACAUCAUCUGCUGCGCCGCCAUCCCUUCCUCCACCAGUCCACCCAUCAAGCAUCGCACCUCCGCGAUCGCCUCUGCACGCGCCGCCCGUCUUUUAUCCCCAGGACCUGCGCGACCAUCGCGAUUCUCCGCGAGAGAAGACGGCCGGCAGCUUCUACGACCCUACCACCGACACCACCACCACCACCAGCGACCGGAGGGUCAGCGACACCGGCUCCGCCUGGCACAACGCGACCCAGGUUUCAUCGUCAUCGUCAGCAUCAAAGCCUCGCGAUCCUUUGAACAGGGACUACGACUAUCCUCCGCAGCCAUCCGUCGAUCGCUCUCCUUAUUACAAGGGCAGCUACACGUCGCCUGUCGCUGCAACCUUCCCACCGCGAAGCCCCAUCUCUCAUUCCCGCCCGUCUGCCGGAUCCAUCAGCCCGCCCGCCGGAGCCCGUGCGAUGGCUUCGCCCAGUGUGCUACAGUCGGCGCUGUCAGCCGGCACCGCUUCAAAUGGCACUCCGGCCGUGCAACACUCGCCACCUGCUCCUUCGGUGCUGCAAGCACCUGCUCCCCCCACAAGUACCCCUAGCCGGAAUGUCAUGUCCUUCGACAAUAUACUGUCCAGCGCCGAAACAGAUAUGAGACCACGGGAUCCAUCUCCCCCAGCGAGCAUUUCGGAGCCUGCUGUGAAAGAGGAGAAGUCAGACGAGCCAGAGAAGGUCGAGCGGAAGAAGCCUGCCAGGAAGCCCAGGCAGUCCCGUGUGUCGGACAUCAAGAACUCGGAGCCCACGUCCAAGAGGCGGUCGUCCUCCCACUCCCAAAAGGAAAAGGAGAUCGCUGCCGCGCCGCGCGUUCCUGCGAAGCGCACGGCGAAUGGCCAGCCCAAGACAGGCGGCUUCUCCGCGAGCAAGGAGAAGAAAAUCAAGGAACAGAUGGACCAGAUGGACGUUGAUCCCAUCGAGGCCGACGGCUUUGAUGCCGACGAGGAGCAAUUCGCCUGGCGUCAGCGUGCACUGAGACGGCGACGUGCCAUGGAGGGCCGGGAGGACAAGCUUCACUCCUCGCGCAGGUCCAACCUGGCCAGGGACAGCAUCCUGCACCUGAGCCUGCACACAGACCUGGGCAAGCGCCGGUACGACGAUAUGUACUAUGACGACGCGCUGCAGAAGGUACGCGAUCAAGAGGUUGUCGCCGAGAAGGAGCGGAAGAAGGAUAUGCAACGCAAGCGCCGACGCGAGAAAUCCAUGGCGGUCACCAUCGAGCAGAAGGAAACAGCCCUCGCCAAGGCCCAAGCUGCUGAGCUGGCCGGUGACGAAGCGGAGCGAAUUAAGCAUCUUCGUGAAGCCGAGCGUGCCAACAAGAAGGCACAGCAGACGAAGCUCAUCCUGCAAAAGGGCAUCAAGGGCCCAGCACGGAACCUGCCUCCCAUUGAGGUCAACCUCGAAGGCGGCGUCAUGUCGACAUUCCAAGCAAGCGACAUGGAGCCCGGCAAAGGCAAAGGCAAGUCUCGAAGCGGACCGCGACCAAAGAAGUCUAAGGAGCAGAAACAAGCCGAGAAGGACAGUGCACUGGCUGCCCAGGCAGCUUUGGACGCAGGCGAGGAGCUGCCCAGCAAGGAGGAGACAAGCAAGAUCCGCAUCAGGCUGAAGAAGGACAAGGCCCCCAAGGAAGAUGCCGUCCAGGACCCAGAGGUUGUCGAGCCCAAGGAGCCCAAGGUGAAGGAGAAAGUCGUCGAGGAACCCAAGGACCCCAACGAGAACAAGUUCCAGUCUAAGGGUUUCAACCAGAUCUACGACCAGAUCUGGCGCGAUCUUGCCCGCAAGGACGUUAACAAGGUCUACAGGCUUGCAACUGAAUCUUAUGGGACCAAAGCCUCUAACCUUAAAAAGACGGCUAUUCUUGCUUCCAAGGAGGCCAAGAGGUGGCAGAUGCGGACCAACAAGGGGACGAAGGACCUGCAGGCUCGCGCCAAGCGUGUCAUGCGUGACAUGAUGACCUUCUGGAAGCGCAACGAGCGCGAGGAACGCGAUCUUCGCAAGGCUGCCGAGAAGCAGGAGCUUGAGAAUGCCCGCAAACAGGAGGCAGACCGCGAGGCCGCUCGGCAGAAGCGGAAGCUCAAUUUCCUCAUCUCCCAGACUGAACUGUACUCUCACUUUAUCGGCAAGAAGAUCAAGACACACGAAGUCGAGCGCAGCACAGACAACCCCGAUAUCGCCGCGGAGGACACUGGUCCAGAUCACAAGGCGGUCGACGUUGACGAUGAUGGCACUGCCACUUCAGGGGCCAAGGUCACUAGGUUUGAGAAUCUCACCUUUGAAGAAGAGGACGAAGACAAGCUCCAAGAGAUUGCGAAGGCCAACGCGGCGCACGCUCUCGCAGAAGCACAGCAGAAGGCCAGAGACUUCAACAAGGACGAUGAGCCUGACGAAGAUGGGGAGAUGAACUUUCAGAAUCCUACAGGAAUGGGCGAGGUUGAGAUUGAGCAGCCCAAGCUGCUCAAUGCUCAACUCAAGGAGUACCAGCUCAAGGGCCUCAACUGGCUGGCCAACCUCUACGAGCAAGGUAUCAACGGCAUCCUGGCUGACGAAAUGGGCCUGGGCAAGACUGUGCAGUCCAUCUCGGUCAUGGCGUAUCUGGCGGAGAAGUACGACAUCUGGGGUCCGUACCUCGUUGUCGCUCCCGCGUCGACACUCCACAACUGGGAGCAGGAGAUUCGCAAGUUUGUGCCCGAGUUCAAGAUCCUUCCGUACUGGGGUACCGCAGGUGACCGGAAGACGCUCCGGAAAUUCUGGGACCGCAGGCACAACACGUACAAGAAGGAUGCCAGUUUCCAUGUCAUGGUCACGUCUUACCAGCUCGUCGUGUCUGAUGUUGCUUACUUCCAGAAGAUGAAGUGGCAGUACAUGAUUCUCGACGAGGCCCAGGCCAUCAAGAGCUCCCAGAGCUCCCGGUGGAAGUGCCUGCUUGGUUUCCACUGCCGGAACCGUCUGCUGUUGACGGGUACCCCCAUCCAGAACAACAUGCAGGAACUCUGGGCCCUACUGCAUUUUAUCAUGCCGUCACUGUUCGACUCGCAUGACGAGUUCAGCGAAUGGUUCUCCAAGGACAUUGAGUCUCACGCGCAGAGCAACACGAAGCUCAACGAAGACCAGCUCAAGCGUCUGCACAUGAUCCUGAAGCCAUUUAUGCUUCGUCGUGUGAAGAAGCACGUCCAAAAGGAACUUGGUGACAAGAUCGAGAUGGAUGUCUUCUGUGACCUCACAUAUCGUCAACGUGCUUACUACAGCAACCUGCGCAACCAGAUCAGCAUUAUGGACCUGAUCGAGAAGGCGACCACUGGCGAUGACACGGAUUCAGGCACACUCAUGAACCUCGUCAUGCAGUUCCGGAAGGUUUGCAACCAUCCCGACUUGUUCGAACGUGCCGAAACAACUUCACCAUUCUUCACUGGGUACUUUGCCGAGACGGCGUCCUUCAUUCGUGAGGGGACCAAUGUACCGGUGGCAUACUCGACUCGAAGCUUGAUCGACUAUGAGCUGCCCAAGCUUGUCUGGCGAGAUGGCGGCAGACUAUACAAGCCCGGCAGCGACAACGAGAAGGCCGGGUUCCGCAACAAGUACCUGGACCACAUGAUGAAUAUCUGGACACCGGACAAUGUUUGCGAGGGCCUCGGUGGCACUGACUCCUUCUCGUGGUUGCGCUUUGCCGAUACGAGCCCCCAGGAAGUGUACAACGCCAGCCAUCAAGACGUUUUCACCCGCGCUGUGGAGCUGUCGAGGCGGAAGGACCGGCUAGGAUAUAUGAAUGUCGCCUAUGACGAGCCCGAGGACCGGGGCUACACCCCGGCGCAUGCGUUGUUCCAGAUCAAGCAACGGAGUGAUCGCAAACCUCUAGCCGAUAUAACGGAUCGAGGUGUUUUGAGCAGCCUCAUGAACGUGGCGCGAGAGACAUAUCACGACGCCGGAUUUGGUCACCUUGAGCCGGCUGCUCGACCAGGGGCAGCUGCGCCACCGAUCGAUGUGAUCUGCAAUAGCCGGGGGGCCAACAUUGAGCGGGAAGAGACCCUGUUCAAUGUGCCAGUGCGCAGAGCACUGUUCGAACCCAACUCUGAGGAGCAGAAGGCUUUCAUUACUCAAAAGACCCCCAUCGACAGCAUGCCUGUGUAUGGACUACUACCGUCUCCAGACAACGAGAAGAAGCGGUUCACAAAUGUUGCCGUACCAUCCAUGCGGCGCUUUGUCACGGAUUCCGGCAAACUUGCCAAGCUGGAUGAGCUGCUGUUCAAGCUCAAGGAGCAAGGUCACCGCGUGUUACUGUACUUCCAGAUGACGCGCAUGAUUGAUCUGAUUGAGGAAUACUUGAUGUAUCGCAACUACAAGUUCUGCCGACUCGACGGCUCCACCAAGCUCGAGGACAGGCGUGAUACGGUGCACGAUUUCCAGACCCGACCCGAUAUCUUCAUCUUCCUGCUCUCCACCCGUGCUGGUGGUCUCGGUAUCAACCUCACGUCUGCGGACACGGUCAUCUUCUACGACUCGGAUUGGAACCCGACAAUCGACUCGCAGGCCAUGGAUCGCGCUCAUCGUCUUGGCCAGACCAGGCAAGUCACAGUAUACCGCCUCAUCACCCGCGGCACAAUCGAGGAGCGCAUUCGCAAGCGAGCUCUGCAGAAGGAAGAAGUGCAGCGCGUUGUCAUUUCGGGAGGCGGCACUGGUGCUGGUGUCGACUUCUCUGGUCGUAGGCAGACCGAGAACCGCAACAAGGACAUCGCAAUGUGGCUUGCCGACGACGACGAUGCGGUCGAGAAGAUGAUUGAGCGUCGCGAGCAGGAGCUCAUGGCUAGCGGCGAGUACGAGAAGAAGAGGAAGGGCGGCAGGAAGAAGAAGGAUGCUGUCUCCCUGGACGACAUGUAUCAUGAAGGUGAGGGACACUUUGAUGACAACAAGGCAUCAGGAACAGCAACCCCCAUCGAGGCGCCUGCAGCAAGCGGCAAGAAGAAGGGCAAGGGCUCGAAGAAGGCCAAGACCGCCAAGCAGCGUCUUGCUAUUGCUGAUGGCGAGGUUGACGCCUAG